UUAUUACUUUGUGGCUAAAGCUUAUUCCGUGUAACUUUUUCUUUUUGUGGAAGGGCAAAAAUCAAUCUUUUAAACAGCUCUGCAGGUCGCCAGUAAGUGUUGCUUAAUCCCACUUUGUCACCCCCUGUAGUGAAGUGUUUGGCUGAGAGGAAGGGAAGCAGCAUAGGCUUAUAUAAACCUUGGAAAAUAGUGUGCAGCAGAAUUCACAACGCUCUGCAUACAAGAACAAAUCAGAGAAGCCUGUCUGCCUGAUGCACAGAAGAAUGGCUACAAAAACCUUGGCACUGUGGCUGCUGCUUGUGGGGACAGUGACACAGGGCUGCUGCCAGCACUGGUCAUAUGGACUGAGCCCAGGAGGGAAGAGGGAACUGGACAGCCUCUCAGACACACUGGGCAAUAUAGUUGAGGCCUUUCCACACGAGGACGCACCCUGCACUGUUUUUGGUUGUGCAGAGGAAUCGCCACUUGAAAAAAUAUACAGAAUGAAAGGAUUUCGAGGCAGUGUCACCGACAGGGAAAAUGGACACAGACCGUAUAAAAAAUGA